AUGGAGAAAAUAUCCUAAAAAUAUCUUGCAUCAUUUGAUACUAAUAAAGUGUAGAUGGUUUAUGAUGGAUAUAAUUUGAACAAAGAAAAAAGAUUCAAUAAUUAAGAUAUUAAAAACAAUUCAAUCUUGAAAUUCAUAAAUAUGAAUUAUAUAUAUCCUCCAAAAUGGGAAAUCUAUAUUAAAACAUUAACUGGGAAAACAAUAACUUUAGAUAUGGAAGAUUUGAACAUGAAGGUUGCUGAUAUUAAAGAGAAAAUACAUGUUUAAUUAGGUAUGCUCCCAAUUGAAUAAAGAAUUAUUUUUCAAGGGAAACAAUUAUAGGAUGAAAAACUUAUUAUUUAAUACAAUAUACAACCUGAAAGUACUUUGCAUCUAAUAAAGAGAUUAAAGGGUGGUGGGGGUGGGGUGCCUAUAAUUUCUUAGAUUUUAGAUUUAUAUUGUGUUAUUUCAAGAUUAUGGGGUUGUUUUCCUGGAUAUGCUCCAAUUAAACUUUUUAAUGGAACUACAAAAAUAAUAAAAGAUAUUGAAUUAGGUGAUAUUGUUAUGUGUUAUGAUUUUGAAUAAAAACAAUUCAAAUAGUCUAUUGUUGUGUUUAAGAAAAUAUCAACUGAUAAAUAAAAAUUAAUUGAGAUUAUUUGUCAGAAUGGUAGAAUUGUUUGUACUCCAAAUCAUCCUGUUUACACUUAAACUGGAUGGAAGGCAUUAUAACCACAUCCAAAUUUUUGUAUUGAAAAAUUAAAUGAAAGUGAUCUUCUAUUUGAUUCUAAUGGAUAAUUUGUUAAUAUUGUUUAAAUAAAUGAAGUAAGAGAAACAGAAUUUGUUUAUAAUAUUACAACAUAAUAUCCUAAUAAUUUUAUUGCUUUUAACUUUUUAGUACACAAUAUGAAUAAAUUAUUAGUAGAAAUUGAAAAUAAAAAGGAAGAAUUUGAAGUAUUACCAAAUUAUUUAAUUCAACACAUAAAAUCGAUAAUCGAAAAGCAUAAAGGAAUACCUGCUUAAUCAUAAUAAUUAUAUUAUAAAGGAAUAUUAAUGAAUGAUAAUUAUGCAUUAGAAGAUUAUCAUCUUUAAUUUGAUGGAACUGUACCUGAAGUUUUGGUAUUAAAAGUUAUUAAAUAAUCUUAAGGAGAAAAAUAAGCCAUUGAUUAAAAUACUAAUGAAAAUAUUUCUAUAAUAGCAAACAAUUAAUCAUAUCUAUUAACAGUUGAUAAGAAGUAAAAUUUAGGAAAUAUCAGAUAGCUUUUAGAGAUUUUGGAAUCUAAAUAAUAUAUUGAAACAUCAUUAAUAUUAUGUAAUGGAAAUCCUUUAAUUUCUUAUGAUGCUACUACACCACUAACAGAUGUUUAAAGUAUUUUCUUUAUUGAUAAACAUUCUGGAGGACUUCCAAUAAAAUUUACUAUAGAGAUAUAUAAUUAAAAACUUGAAAAUGUAUCAUAACUUAAAGAUUCUUUAUAAUUUUUAGGUAAUUCUUAAAUUAAUGAAUUUAUUUAAACAAAUCUGGAAGAAAUAAAUGGAAAUGAAUAAAAGAAAUAAAUUUAUUAAUAAAUUCCUCUUCAUANCAAUUGAAUAAAGAAUUAUUUUUCAAGGGAAACAAUUAUAGGAUGAAAAACUUAUUAUUUAAUACAAUAUACAACCUGAAAGUACUUUGCAUCUAAUAAAGAGAUUAAAGGGUGGUGGGGGUGGGGUGCCUAUAAUUUCUUAGAUUUUAGAUUUAUAUUGUGUUAUUUCAAGAUUAUGGGGUUGUUUUCCUGGAUAUGCUCCAAUUAAACUUUUUAAUGGAACUACAAAAAUAAUAAAAGAUAUUGAAUUAGGUGAUAUUGUUAUGUGUUAUGAUUUUGAAUAAAAACAAUUCAAAUAGUCUAUUGUUGUGUUUAAGAAAAUAUCAACUGAUAAAUAAAAAUUAAUUGAGAUUAUUUGUCAGAAUGGUAGAAUUGUUUGUACUCCAAAUCAUCCUGUUUACACUUAAACUGGAUGGAAGGCAUUAUAACCACAUCCAAAUUUUUGUAUUGAAAAAUUAAAUGAAAGUGAUCUUCUAUUUGAUUCUAAUGGAUAAUUUGUUAAUAUUGUUUAAAUAAAUGAAGUAAGAGAAACAGAAUUUGUUUAUAAUAUUACAACAUAAUAUCCUAAUAAUUUUAUUGCUUUUAACUUUUUAGUACACAAUAUGAAUAAAUUAUUAGUAGAAAUUGAAAAUAAAAAGGAAGAAUUUGAAGUAUUACCAAAUUAUUUAAUUCAACACAUAAAAUCGAUAAUCGAAAAGCAUAAAGGAAUACCUGCUUAAUCAUAAUAAUUAUAUUAUAAAGGAAUAUUAAUGAAUGAUAAUUAUGCAUUAGAAGAUUAUCAUCUUUAAUUUGAUGGAACUGUACCUGAAGUUUUGGUAUUAAAAGUUAUUAAAUAAUCUUAAGGAGAAAAAUAAGCCAUUGAUUAAAAUACUAAUGAAAAUAUUUCUAUAAUAGCAAACAAUUAAUCAUAUCUAUUAACAGUUGAUAAGAAGUAAAAUUUAGGAAAUAUCAGAUAGCUUUUAGAGAUUUUGGAAUCUAAAUAAUAUAUUGAAACAUCAUUAAUAUUAUGUAAUGGAAAUCCUUUAAUUUCUUAUGAUGCUACUACACCACUAACAGAUGUUUAAAGUAUUUUCUUUAUUGAUAAACAUUCUGGAGGACUUCCAAUAAAAUUUACUAUAGAGAUAUAUAAUUAAAAACUUGAAAAUGUAUCAUAACUUAAAGAUUCUUUAUAAUUUUUAGGUAAUUCUUAAAUUAAUGAAUUUAUUUAAACAAAUCUGGAAGAAAUAAAUGGAAAUGAAUAAAAGAAAUAAAUUUAUUAAUAAAUUCCUCUUCAUAGCAUUAUUGCUAUCAGAUUAUAUACAAGUAAUUUAAUCUAUUAAAAGUUAAAUAAUGAUCUAAGAACAUCAGAAUAUCAAAGUUGGAAGAAAUAUUUAAAAUGUUUAAUGGAAGGAUUUCGACUUUUGAAAUAUUAUAAAGGUGUUGCAUAUCGAGGAUUUAAAGAUUAUUAAAAUACUAUAAUAUAUCAAAAGGGAAAAACUGUAUAAUGGAAUGAGGUUAGUAGUGCUUCUUUAAAUAAGAAAGUUGCUUAAAAUUUUAGUAAUAAUAAAGGCAUGAUUUUUAAUGUUGAACUUAUAAGUGCCAAAGAUAUAUCCAAUAUUUCUCUUUUUUAAGGAGAAGAAGAGGUAAUAAUGUAUCCCUUUUCAACUUUUGUAAUUGAUGAAAUUCAUGUUAAUCCCAAUUAACCUCAUAUCGUAACUAUGAGAGAAUUACCAUUACCCAGAUCAGAGAAUGUGUUACUUUGGGUGGAUGAUAAUCCUUAAAAUAAUUAUGACAAUGCCGUAGAAAUAGAAAGAUAAAAUAAUAAAAUUUCAAUUAUAUUCUGUACUUCAACUAAAGAUGCAAUUCAAAUUAUCUAAAAAUAUAAAUGGCUCAUAUAUUUAGCUUAAUCUUAAUUUAGAGUAGUUAGUGAUAUGGUAAGAAUAGAAGAAGGUUAAAUGAAUUAUAAUGCAGGUAUAGAUUUAUUAUGUCAUUUAUAUUAAAAAAUGAAGUACAAAAAUCAUACUCUUAUUUUUUGUGGAGAUUAGUAGAGAGCUUAAGGAGAAUGUAAAAAGCGAAAUCUUCAAGGAAAUUUUGAAGUUACAAGUAAUGUACAAGUGUUGAAGAAGUUUCUUUAAUUUAAUUGA